AGACGUUUCAGAUCAGCCAUCCAAACCUGCCGACUGCCCGCCGUUUGCUGGAUCUUCACAGUCUCGAGAUGACGCUGCAGCUGCGGGUGGAGGCGAAGCUACAGAAUGCCAUGGAGCGGGUUCGCCUGCUGCUCAAAGCGGAGAAGACUCCCCAGCUCGCUGCUGAUGUGCAUCAUCAGUAUGAGGACAAGUACUUCCUGGUGGAACGAGGGACCUGCUUAGCAGCGGCGUCGCAGCUGAAUUGCCUAGCAUCGCUGGGCCUUCAGCAUUUGCAGCUCCAGACGCUGCAGCAGUGGGCGCAGACGCACUCCGUGUCCUUGCGCCUCAGGUCAAAAGAGACCUGCACCUUUUUGCGGGAGGAGAAGCGAGAAGAGGAGAACCCUCGCAAGCACGUGGAGGAGGUGAGCCGCGGGGGCGUCCUUUCAGCCAGUUGGACCAGCAAGGUGGUGACCACCAUCACUGAGUACUUCUGGAACUUCCAGGUCACCUACACCCUGGAAGCCUUCCGAGGUGUCGGCGCCGAUGAUGCCGACAGGAUCAGCCUCUGCACGCGCAGCGGCCAAGCUGAGCUGAAGACGAGCUCCAAGACCCCUCCGCCGCAUCCGGAGGUUCGAAGCCCCGCCAUCAACGAGGAGGUGAACAUCACAUGGCUGCUGCAAUCGUUGACGGCCAAUGCAGCCCCAUCAUUCAAGAUCGACCGAGCCGCCAGCAACUGUAGCACUCCAAGGCGAAACACGGACGUGGACAAGGCCUUUGCGCACUUCACCAUGUUCGCACGUUGGGCGCAGUCGGUGUCCAGCUAUUUGGGAAAGCUGCGAAAUGUGAAGCCCAGGACUGGCGACGACAACGCAGUUUCGGCUGAGAAGAUCUUUGUGCCCACCCUGCCCAUCAUGGUGUCUGGGAAUACCACAGAUGAGCCAGCCGGGGACCACGCGGGCACUCUGGCGCUGCUGUCAGCAUCGUCGGAGAUGCAGGGAAGCCUGGUGCUGUGCGUGUCGGAUGGGAACCGGCUGCUGGGGGAAGAGCUGCGGAGCCUAGAGGAGCAGAAGGCCAACCUCGCGGAAGUCUUCCCUUUGGAGGGCUUGUACACGCGAGCAGAGGCAGCAAUGCAUGUGACGUUGAUGCACUGCUCCGCGGUCUCGGAAGGAUGGGGCGAGCUGGUGGAAUACGUGGAAGGCAUGCUGAGGAAGCAGCUGGUUGCGGCCAUUGGGAAAGAGGUGAGCCCAGCCCUCUUCGCAGCUUACAUGCGCUUCCACUACCGGAAGCUUUUCCGCGAGGAGUUCCAGCCCUCUCAGUUCUGCUUCGCCGUGCGCCGCUCCGAACGCCACAGCCCGGAGGGCACCAUCAGCAUCGAGGAGCAGACGCUGGGUCUGGACGAGGCCAGCAUCCGCACGCCGAUUGUCACCUUUGCAAACUGCAGCAGCACUCCGGUGUCUAUGUCGUUUCCGUUGAACGCAUCGACAAAAGUUGCGUUUGACGGGAAUGUUCAUCUACAUGGGUGGCUCUCGCACCGCUUCUCAGGCCAAUCGGGCGCAGAGGUGUUCCUGGCCUCCCGGGCUCGGCAGUUCAGUUCCUUCCUGGUCCUCGCUGGGCGCAUCACCUCUGCGACAACCUUUGACCCCUCCUACGCAGCCAUCGUGCAGAAUAAGGAUGAGCUGACUAUUCCACUGGAACUCUCGAUGAUUCCGACACCCAAGGAGUUCAAGGACGCGAUCAGCUCCUUGUCCCCGGAGAUGCAGUCCUUCGCCAAGUCCUUCCGCUCCAUGCAGCUGGAGAGCACCCUCUUUGGCGUGGUGGUGGUACAAAUCAAGCCGCAGUUGGAGAAGCUCUUAAACCUCGCGGAGGACAGCCUCACCAAGGAGAUCAAGCUGACGCAAGACCUCAUGGAGCUGUUUAUGAAGUAUCAGAUCCCAAGUGACCUGCUCUCCUUUGAUGAGGAGGCUUCAGGGGAUUUGAGGGGCCCCAAGCGCGUGGACGUUGUGAAGGGCCACGUGCAGGCCAUGACUGACAUGAUCAACGCGGAGAAGCAGGCGGAAGUGGAGGCCGCCAGACAGGCCGCGCUCUACGCAAAUCCUUUUCCCGG